AUGAAGAUGUCAAAGGCAAGUGAUGGCAGCAGGGAACCACUGGUGCACAAGGGUAUCAUGGCUGGCUCAAAACCGGAGCAGCCCUGGAUGGUUUAUCUCAGCACCUUUGUUGCAGUUUGUGGUUCUUUUGCGUUUGGUUCUUGUGCGGGAUACUCUUCACCUGCUCAGGCUGCAAUUAGGAAUGAUCUUUCACUGACUAUAGCUGAGUUUUCACUCUUCGGUUCUUUACUGACUUUUGGUGCAAUGAUUGGGGCAAUCACAAGUGGGCCUAUAGCUGAUUUAGUUGGAAGAAAAGGGGCAAUGAGAGUUUCUUCUGCGUUUUGUGUCGUCGGGUGGCUAGCCAUCUCCUUUGCCAAGGGAGUGGUGGCUUUGGAUCUCGGAAGACUGGCAACGGGAUACGGAAUGGGAGCAUUCUCCUAUGUGGUACCAAUCUUUAUAGCAGAAAUUGCUCCUAAAACCUUCAGAGGGGCUUUAACCACUCUAAAUCAGAUUCUCAUCUGCACUGGAGUGUCGGUUUCCUUCAUUAUAGGCACAGUAGUGACAUGGAGAGUCUUAGCACUAAUAGGAAUCAUCCCAUGCGCUGUCUCCUUUCUCGGCCUGUUUUACAUCCCCGAGUCUCCAAGAUGGCUGGCAAAGAUGGGGCGUGAUACAGAGUUUGAAGCUACACUAAGGAAGCUCCGUGGGAAGAAUGCUGAUAUAUCGCAGGAGGCAGCAGAGAUUCAGGAUUAUAUUGAAACUCUGGAAAAGCUUCCGAAAGCAAAGAUGCUGGAUUUGUUUCAGAGGAGAUACAUACGCUCUGUUCUUAUAGCAUUCGGAUUGAUGGUGUUUCAGCAGUUUGGAGGAAUCAACGGAAUCUGUUUCUACACAAGCUCUAUAUUUGAGCAAGCAGGUUUCCCCACAAGACUUGGGAUGAUAAUAUAUGCGGUUCUUCAGGUGGUAAUCACUGCGCUCAAUGCACCAAUAGUUGACAGAGCCGGAAGAAAGCCAUUGCUACUGGUUUCUGCAACAGGGUUAGUGAUAGGCUGUUUGAUCGCAGCGGUCUCUUUCUAUCUCAAGGUUCACGACAUGGCACACGAAGCAGUCCCAGUCCUGGCUGUUGUUGGUAUAAUGGUGUACAUAGGAUCGUUUUCAGCAGGAAUGGGAGCAAUGCCGUGGGUGGUCAUGUCUGAGAUAUUUCCGAUAAACAUAAAAGGAGUGGCAGGAGGCAUGGCUACGCUGGUGAACUGGUUUGGAGCGUGGGCCGUUUCUUACACUUUCAACUUCCUCAUGUCCUGGAGCUCUUACGGAACUUUCAUCAUUUACGCGGUGAUCAAUGCGCUGGCCAUCGUGUUUGUCAUCGCAAUCGUGCCUGAAACCAAAGGGAAGACAUUGGAACAGAUCCAAGCUCUGGUCAAUCCAUAA